AUGGACGAGGCCAUCAAAAGUGGAGUCGCGAGGGACGAGGGGGCGACGCGGCGGCUGCAGCUGACCCUCGACCAGCGCGCCGUGCUCGAGGCCGUCUACGCGAUGCGAACGUGUCCCGACUCGCAUUUGCGCAAGAGCCUCGCCGCCUACCUCAACGUCUGGUUUCAGAAUCGGCGACAGAGAGAACAACGGCAUCGCCUCGGCAAUUUGACCGCGCCUUCCCACCCGCCACCACCGUCCUCCGCCUCUGUCUCGCCCGCAAGGAUGCACUGA